AUAAAAUUCAUCUUGAAAUCCAAUGCUGGUUUGUCCUGACGUGCGUUGAGCCCAUCCAUAUCAGCCUUAAAACCCACUCAGCUGGCAUGAAAGUAUUGAAGAUGACUGGGAUUAAGUACCUGGCUUGUCUGUGGACUCUGUUCAUCACUCUGACUGGAUUUGUGUCCAGCGACAUUCAGUUCUUGGAGAGAAAUGAGGGUGAAUCUGUGGUUCUUCCCUGUGUGGUUAAUCAAAGGAACCCUUCGCCCUUCGGUAUGUACCUGAAGCGCAACUGGCUGCAUCCCAGUGAAGUGAUUUACAAGAUGAAAGAGGCAGAAUUCCAUGCGGAUAAUAAAGAUGACAAGAACCGCAUCAGCGUCAGCGGAGACCCGAGCAUCCACUCUCUGAAUGUGACCGUCACUCAGCUGACUGCCAGUGACACAGACCACUACUACUGUGAGUUUGUUGUGGAAAAUCCCAUCGGUGCAGAUGAACAAAUACGUGGAACGACUGAAUUCUUCCUCCUUGUUAAGGCUGACGCCCCUGGGUCAGUGGACAUAGGGUUGGUAGAGACGUGUUCUGGGGGCUCGGUCGUGCUCCCCUGCACCUCCCCACACGGGGAGGCCUUGGCCGUGGAGGGGGUGAGUCUGAAGCGGCAGAGGGGCCGGGCACCCGUGGAGGUGUUGUACCACUCAAAGCGUCACCACGGCAGCAGCCCUCCAUCCUCCUCCCAGUUCCCUGUCGAGAGGGUCCAUUUGUUCUCGGCGCCCGGUCCCAGGGGCAUCACCUACAACCUCACCCUGCAGCAGCUGCAGCCAGACGACAGCGCCCUAUACAGCUGCCAGCUGCUCCUGCGCGGCGGGCCUGACACCAGCACCACUCUAGGGAGACAAGUGUUCUUUGUUUCUGUGCAAGGAGGUCAAUGCGGUUGCGCCAACUACUCCACUCUGCUGUAUGCUUUGUCCGCAGCUGUGGCCGUUCUCUUCCUUCUCCUCCUCCUUGGAUUUGUGGUGAUGUAUAAAGGCAAAGCUCGCCGCAGUGUCAAGUCACACCCUCAGGCCCCCAUCUACGAGGAAAUGACCGGGUUGAAGCCUGACAGUCGAAAACUAGCCGCCUGCCAUCUGGAGGAAAUGGAGUCUUCGGAGUACAGAAACUGCUCUGCGAAGAAAACCUGUCCUGAAAACCAUUACGAAAGUCCCAGCGGGGCCCUCCGCCCCUGGAGUCAAUCUCAGAAAUGAAAUAUUAGACCUUAUUGUCACCAGCAUCGUGCACUAGACCAACUUAUCAACUCAGCUGCCUGAAAAGUCCCUGCACUCAAUUCAGCCCUUGUACUGUCUUUUAUCUCAUGUUUAUUGGACUGUUGAUAUUUGAAAGUGUUUUUUUUUUGGCAUUUUCUUUAAAAAUCUUUGUAAAUGUUGACGGCCCCUGUCUAUUUUUGAAUAUUUCAGCAAAUUAAAGGUACUCUGUUUUGGAAAAAAUUAUCUGUAUUAUCUCUACUAUGUAUAAUCUGUAGGGAAGGAAACAAGAUUUUGGUAUCGGAAGCGUUCUGGUUUCCGUUUGUAGUCUGAGUGGUUACUCUGUUGAUCUGACUUUUUGUAAAAUUAUAGUAAAAGCCAAGUUGACCAAGGUAUUAAAGUAGCCUAUAUAGACUGAAGCAGAGUGUUCAGCAGGUAUAUAAACCCAGAGGUCUUUGCUUUUAAAUCAUAUGCUUGAUCUUUUAGUUGACUUUACCAAUUUAAACUUGCAAAUAUUACAGAUAAGCAGUAUUUAUAUGUGAUAAACAAUAAAUUGGAGUCAAUAUUAAAACUGAA